AUGAUAGUUUGUGAAUUUGCUUGCCGAUCGGGCGUAACGCUCAUCAUAAAUAUCUCCAGACGUCUAGUGUUGUCUAUCACUUCUUGUAGUUCAGGACACCCAACGAUCAAAGCAUGGGGUCUCUUUCUUACCCUUCUCUUGCUUUCAGUGCAUUUGGAGAGUACUUUUCUGUAUACCGUACAUCUUGCGCUUUCUAUAAUCCCCAUUCUAUCCAUAUAUAUAUAUUUAUGUGUGUGUGUGUGGUUGCAUUAA